AUGGCCCCGAGUCGCUGGACAAGCUUCCUGGGCGGGGGAAGCAAGGAGGGCGAGAGUAGCGAACCAUUGGUGCCUGACUCAAAUGCGCCAGACUCUCAGCAGAACUCCUAUAGCGCGUGCGUCUCCCUCUUUGCUUGGUUCCAAAUUAUUAAUAUUAUUAUUAUAAAAAAUGCUGUUCCUGCCAAGAGGCACAGGGCAAGGUAUCCGAAUGCGUCGGCGCCUCCGCUCGACCCUGGCGCACCGAGCAGUGCUGGCUCUGACCCGGACUUCCCGGAGCCAGUCAAGCCGGGCGCUUCUCACCAGCAUGCCUACGCGCAACAUGCACCGCAGUCUGGCGGCCACCAGGAGUACAGUGCCCCCCCGCCGGUGUAUCAGCAGCCGCAUGUGGCAGACGGCUAUCCGGUGCUCCCGCACGCUACUCAGCCGCCCUCCUAUGUGCCGCCUCUCGUGGUGAACCAGGAGCUGGUGGUGAUGGAACCACUGAGGGGGUCCGCCAUCGUUGUGGCCUGCCCGCACUGCGGCCACACCGGACCUGCAGCUGUCUCCAAGGAGAGUGGAUUUGUCACUUUCUUCUCCUCGUUCAUGCUGUGCUUCUUGGGCUGCUGCGUGUUGUCGCUCUUCCCCUUCUGCUCCGACUGCACAAAGGACUGGGUCUACCGCUGCCGCCGCUGUGGCGCCCUCUUCGGCAGAGAACGGCCCUGA